ACUCGCAUGUAUUAAAUAUUUAAAUAUCGUAACUUCUAAUCUAAUUAGCUAGUAUACAACUAUCGGUAAUGUACUUAGCGGUUUCCUAUGAUUGAUGGUUUUUGUACCUAAUUUCAAAAAACGAAUUCCUUAAGGUGUUUUUUAUUCAUUUUUAUCCGGUGUAGUGUACCCUUUUUACCACGUUUCCCAUUGGUACGUUCACAUUUGAACCACGACAUUCUUUUGUAGGGGGCCCUUCGGUUUACGGUUAACACACACAUGUGGACAAAAAUAAACUCGUCUAGUCGUCUACUGCAGGGUUGGCGUCUAUUUAAAACGAACAAAAUCCUCCUCUAACCAUGUUCUAUUGGUAGACAAUUUUUGAGAAUCCACCGGGACUCCACCCAUCGCAUUAAAUCGGAAACAUCUUAUUUUUAGUAGCUUAGAGCCUCUUUUGGAUCCUGAGUGUGUUUAAUUUUGCUGUCGGAUGCCGAGCGGAAAAUUCAUUACACGUUUGUACCGAAAAUAUUUUUGUGAAACAAAAGAAAACAACCGAGUAGGAUUAUCUACUAAUUAUAUAAUAUAUAAGUAAUGUGACAUGGGCAGACGCAGACCGGACUGGUGGUUGGAACAGCAACAUCAACAGCAGCAACGGGACUUGCUGGAGGACGGUUGUCCGAGGAACGCUGCCAACGCUAGGGAGAGGGCUCGGAUGCGCGUGCUGAGCAAGGCGUUUGGCCGACUCAAGACGACACUGCCGUGGGUGCCGGCCGACACCAAACUGUCCAAGUUGGACACGCUAAGGUUGGCCACCACCUACAUAGCACACCUGAGCUCGUUGCUGACGACUACCGAUCGGUCGGAAGCCGCGGACCAGGGAGAGACCGCGACCCAGGUCGCGGUCACGUCCGCGCAACCACUAAACUACGCCAUGACUUGGCCGUAUAACGCACACAACACCGCUAAAGAAUGUUCAUCGGCCGACGACGAUGACUACAGAUACGACUGUUAUAAUGAUACAUUGGAAGAAAAAUCGUAUUCAACUUACGACACUACUUACUACAAGUCGUCGAUUAACUCGUGAAUAACUCGUGCCAUUCGUGUACUCAAAUUAAUUUAUUCAAUUUAGACCUAGGUACUUAAAAAAUUAUACAUCAUGAUUAUUUACUAAACACAUCAUGCAAAAUAAAACUAUUCGUGUAAUAUUUGUCGAUUGACGUUUAAUUUAUGGAUUUUCAUAAUAAUGUUAAUGGAAUUUAAUAAAAACUGUACGAUGAUUUAAUAAAAACUAUGAAAACUGAA